GAAGCCAUGCCGACACAGACGCUCACAUCCACACCCAUGCUCUGAGUGGCCAGAGAGGACUGUGGGUAGGAGUGUUGUGUGGAAUAUCAACAGGGCUUGCUUCCGCCAUCAUACUAGACUCAUUCGUAGGCAUCCGAGAGGAACGAUUUGCAAUGAAGGGUGCCUUCCUUUUCCUGAUUUCCUUGGCUCUUGCCAUUGAGUCAGGACAGAGUCAAAACCACAGCCAAGUAAUGACAAGAGAAAAGAGGGAGUUGCUUUAUCGGACUAAAAGAAGAUGGGUCUUGUCAACUAUUGAAAUAGUAGAGGAAAGCGGUGGCACAUACCCAAGGGAGGCAACAAAGCUGUACAAUGACAAAAAAGUUAAUGACCGUCACUACUUCGCAAUCUCCGGGAUGGGCGUAGAUAAGGAGCCAAAAGGCGUGUUCAGCAUCGAGAAGAAAACAGGAGUUGUCAUUGUGCACAAGCCCAUUGAUAGAGAGAAGUAUCCAUUUUUUCAUAUCCGCUUUGAUGUGAAGGAUGAGAUAACCGGCGAAACAGUCGACAGGACUUUGGCAUUUGAUGUAGCAAUAAAAGAUAUUAACGACAACGCUCCACACUUUGAGCCUCCCAACAUCAAGGUCUCAGUCAGAGAGAAUACACCAGAAGGCGGCCUACCAGUUAAUCUACAAGCUUUUGAUAAUGAUGAGGCGGGCAAUGACAACUCCCGUGUGACAAUGACAAUAGUAAGUCAAGAACCAGGGUCUCCCAAGUUCGGUUUACAGCCCGUUCCGAACACAAAGAUGCAACAGCUGACCUUUAAAGGAUGCUUUGACUAUGACAAACAAAAACAGUAUAAAGUUGUUGUUGAGGGGAAGGAUCAUGGAACACCACCGCAGUCUUCAAGUACAACCAUCACUAUUGACAUCACAGAUGCUAACACCCACCCACCAGUUUUCACUGAAACAAAGUAUGCUACUUCAGUGAGAGAGAUGGAAGAGAAAGAGAUCCUGAGAAUGAAGGUGGCAGAUGGGGAUAAGCCAGACACACCAGCUUCUAACCCCGUUUUUAAGAUCCUCAAGGGAAACGAGGAGGGGAACUACAUGAUUGAAACAGACCCCAAAACAAAGGAAGGGGUCCUGAGAGUUGUUAAGGGCAAGGAUUUCGAAAGAACAAAAGUGGUCAACUUGGAGAUCGUCGUAGAAAACGAGGAGCCUCUCUUUGUAUGCAACGAUGGCGUUCCAGGCGAUCCGGCGACUGUCGCACCAAAGUCUGUGACUGUGGAUGUCGAGGUUAUAGACGUCAACGACCCCCCACUGUUUGAGAAACCAUUUGAACGGGUGUUUGAGAAGGAGGAAGUGCCUGCCGGGAGGACGCUAUAUAGACCUGCAGUCACUGAUGAGGACUCUGACGUGGACAAAAUAAGGUAUCAACUGAUAGAUGAUCCUGAAAAUUGGUUAUCCGUCGAUGAGGUGACGGGAGUUGUCACCACAGUGAAGCCGAUGGAUCGGGAAUCACCAAAUGUCCACAAGAGUGUCUACACAGUUCACGUGCUGGCCAUAGAUGAUGGGACACCCCAAGAAACGGGCACCAGCACUCUACACAUUGUGUUGGGCGACAUCAAUGACAAUCUGCCACACUUUGAAACCAAAAACCACAUCUUGUGCACUGAGAAGAAGUCUGUCACUGUCGAAGCCACAGACUUCGACGAGCCUCCGUACCAAGGACCCUUCUCUUUCGCUUUAGCUGGCGACGAUGUGGAAGAGCUGAAGCAGCUCUGGAAGCUGCAUCCUACCACAGGUUACAGCACCACAGUGACCAGCCUGAAGACAUUGGACAGAGGCAACUACACCAUUCAGGUGCUGCUCCAAGACCAGCAGGGCAAAUAUGGGACGGACGAGCUGAACGUGUUCGUGUGUGACUGUGGAGAUGGGGACGAGUGCCAGGGGCUCCGGCCCAUCACCACCCAGCUGGGGGGGCCUGCCAUCGGGGCCCUCAUCGCAGGGCUCCUGCUGUUGCUCCUGAUCCUGCUGCUGUGCUUUGCGUGCGAGUGUGUGAGAGACUUCAAGCACCUACCCUUAAACAUGGUGGACGAGGGACAUCAAACUCUCAUCAAGUACAACGAGGAAGGAGGCGGCACCGCAUGCAAGGCUGAGCCAACUCUGGUCCGCACCCCCACCACUAUCGUCACCACCAAAACUGUCACAGACGGGCUUCAGCAAGCUGCUGUACAGCUUCCUCAGGUGUCCUCCAACAGCUUCCAGAUGGAGACCCAAGACACCAUCACCACCAAAACCAUGAGGAGUCAGGCACAGGACAUGUACUCUAAUCAGUACUCCACCAACGGCAUGCAGCAGGCCUCCAUGGCCAACAACACGCUCAAGAGCAGUAGCCGAGGCAUGCAACAACAAGCGUGGGACUCAACAAUGCAGAGCAGCAUGAUGAGACAACAAUCGUGGAACUCACACACGCAGAGCAGCAUGCGAAAUGGAUACAGCAGAUCCAACAAUUUGGUAUCUGAGCGCUACAUUGCAGAUCACCUUGACAGGAAAGUCUACCAGAUUGGCGAUGAGGAGACGGAUCACCCGGAGUAUUCUCUGCAGGUGUACGAGUACGAAGGGAAUGGCAGCAGGUGUCAGUCACUGGAUCAACUCUCCUUUGACAACUACGAGGACGAAUUUGACAUGGACCUGGACCUAAGGAACCUAGGGCCAAACUUCAAGACCCUGGGUGGGAUAUGCCAAAGGCACAUGCAGGAGAAAAACAUACAGCUCUGAGAAAAACAGAUGUGACUUCUCUGAAUUUGUUUGUUAACUCGGGAAGAUCUAGGAGCCCGGGACGGAAAGGAACACCCAGGGAUUAACUGCAAUUUUUGAGCUUUGACUUCGUUUCACACUAACAUUUGAAUGUCUGUUUCAAACAAUAAGGACUAGAUGACUUGGACAUCAGAGGCACUGGAAUUUUGAACUCCUUUUGGAACUCCUUGGCUACUGAUAAGGAAUUACUAAACGCAACGUGUAUUUUUGGUGGAUUUUCUGCACUGGUGCUUAUACAGUAUAAAAGACUGAGGGAAAAGAGAUCGAAGAGGAGAUUCAGAGUGUACUGUACACUGGAGAAAAGAAAAUGACACCUUACUGUACAGAUGCUGUGGAGUUGUGAUUCUCACAAGCCAACUGGCCCGUAACCGCAGGCCUAACUUGUUCUCCGUCUAACUCCCACACCCGGCCUAAUGAGAGGAUUGUGUUUGUCAUCGUAGUGCUGAACAUGUCUUGAAAGUACAGCGUGCUGCACCCAAGACACACCUUCGCGUGGGAGGACAGGUCUCUGCAGGUGUGUCUUGUGUUGUUUUUUAAAGGUUUUUUCAUCUCCAUCUAAAAGAUUCUUCACACAUCAAAAAAAUGACCAAUAGUUUUCUUCUCUAUGACUGUUUGGCAGCUUUUGAUCAUGUUAAGAUUUAGGUUUAAAAGAUCAUGUUGACAAGUGACGAGAACCAGAAGGACUGCAUGAACAAAAAUGUUUAAUCCAGUCGCAAAAAAUGAGCAGUGGAUAAAUGAGUACAAUUCUGGAAGCUAUGCAAAUGUUUAGCACAAGGUAACACUGAGAGGUGUGGGAACAACAUUUACAAGCAUUCCUGCACCUCACUGAUGCCAACCUACAGCAGGCUAUACGACCAAUACGAAAUAUGAUAUAUAUAAGCCCACCCAUGCUGUGCAUCCAUAUAAAACCACAUAGCCUACUAGAUUGUUUAAGCCCAAGGUUUAUGCUACACAGGGCAAUUUUGCUGGACAACAUGAUGAUUUGUUCCAAUUUUUGCUCCAAGGAAUAAUUAGAAAAGAGGUCUGCUGUGUAUCCAAAUUCUCUUGAUGAAGGCCUAAGUGUUAUAGUGAUAAACAGUUCAAACAUCUUACAGCACCAUUGCCCAAGCACAUUGGCCAAAAUCCUGCCUAGUGUUUCAUCCCCAUAAGAGGACAUGGCCUUUGCCAUUGAUACUUCUAUUCAUUGCAAGGGGAAAGUGUCAACCUGAUGUCUACUAACACCUUUAUCUAUGGAGUUUGUGGGCCAUUCAUUAAUGUUUGAAACAGCCACGUGGUGUGAAGAUGACAAGGGUGUACAUUUCAUCUGAAACGCAGCUGUAGAAUAGGGGGGAAAGUUCCUAUAUCAAUGUUACAGGGGGGGUGGGGGGUGGGGGGGGUCAAGCGCUAUUCAGACAUACUGCUAUUCAGACAUACUGCUAUUCAGACAUAACGCUAUUCACACAUCCGACACGCCGUAGGGUUAGGGUCAGGGUCAGGGCCAGGGUUAGGAUUAGGGUAACUGCAUGCACUCUCCCUAAGAUGAUAAAACCUGAGCAACGUACUGUAGCAUUAACCACAGAUUUGGCAGAUUUCGGUGGGAAACACGCCAGAAUUCAGACAAUAGACAUCAAUGUCUGAGUAGCGGCAUGUCUGAAUAGCACCACGUAACUGAUGUACAGUAGUUCACUGUUUGCUGAGGCCAAGGUUGGCCUUCCUUUAUUCAUGAUUGGUGGGGGUUCACUUUGCUGUACACCACAUUCAAAUUCAAUCUGUAGUAGUAUAUGAUGUUUGCUCUGUAUGACGCUGAAUGUUUUGUUGGACCGCACUGCUUGCGUUGGUGAGAUAAGCUUUUAUUUUUUAAAUUGCUGUCAGAUAUGACUCCUGCACUGUUCAUUUACUAACAGCACAUAGUAUCUGUAAAUAUGGUGAAAUAGAUAAGCCACACGCACACACACUCUUCUAAGUUUGUACGAAAAUGGUUAACUGUUACUAACUUUGUCAAAGAAAAAUCUUCCCUUUUCAUAUACGGUAUAACAAUAAAAUGUUGACGUAAAGUUUUUACAAGGAUUUUUGAAGUCGUGAGGAAUUUGUACAUGUACUGCACAAGUG